ACACAUCCCCACACCUGUUUUGCCUGAGCACUUUGUCAACAGGUAUUCUCCAGUCUUUUAGCAGCUAUGAGUUUCUGUGCUACUGCACCAAGAACUUUCUCUGAGAUAUGAGAGUUGUACUAUUAAAUCUGAAGACUUCUUGCAAGGAUCUGCAUAUGAGUAAGAACAUGCUGUGUUUGUUAUUUUGAGUCUGGGUGAGCUCACUUAGUGUAACCUUGUCUAGCUCCAAGCAUUUAGUUGGAAACUUGAUAAUUUCAGUUUCUUUUACAUCUGAAUGACAUUCCACUGUGUGUAGGUACCACACUCGCAUUAGUCAUUCAUCAGCUGGAUGGAUACCUAGGCUGUCUACAUUCCCUGCACCAUGAAUAAAUGAAACAGUAGUGAACAUGGAUGAACAAGUGUCUUUGCAGCAGGAAAUAUUGUUCCUUGAGUAUAUCCCAGGAAUGGCGUAGCUGUAUCAGGUGGCACACCUAUUUCUAGUUUUCUGAGGAACCCCCACACUCUACAGUGGCCACCUCAGUUUAUAUCCUCCCACGGACACUGUGCAUGAGGGUCUCCAUCCCCCACAUCCACCCCAGCAUUGUUGCCUUUGCCAUUCUGAUUAGAAUAAGAUGAAGUCUCAAACUAGUUUUAGUUUUCAUCUCCCUAAUGGCCCAAGAUGGUGAACAUAUACAUAUAUAUUUCUUAGCCAUACAUUCCUUAGCCAUGCAUGACUUGUGAGAAAAACCCUUUGAAGACCCCUAUCUCAAUUAAUCCCAAUUAUUCACUGGGAUGUUCCCUUAGAGUUGUCUCUUUAUUACUUUCUAUAUUCUAGGAGUUUUGAUGAGUGCGUUCUAUUUUGUUUUAAUCUCUAGGUAUUUAGCUUUUAUGUAGUUUUGCUUGUUUGGAGGUUGAUUUUGUUUCAUUUCAUUUUCUGUAGCUUGGGUUUUCUAACUGUUAAUAGUUUUAAUUCCUUUGAUUGUUCGUAUAUUUCGUUGUACAUUUUUUUUCUUACACGAUCAGUGAUGUUGAUUCUUAGUGUGGCUGAGCUGUGCUCCUCCCUCCUAGUGACUAGUAUGUAGUUUUUUACUUAGGAUUUCCUUGGCUUUGUACGUUGUUUUACUUUUGAGGGUUUCUGUUGUUGUUUUGGUUGGUUUUAGUUUUCUGUUUUUCUUAUUUUUCACUAUUUUACUUUCCAUCUUAGCUCUCUUUCUUCCCUUUAUUUCUUUUUCCUUCCUCUUAGGUAGCAUUUAUACUCUGUUACCUCCAAUGAGCUUCCGGAGCAAACGGGAGUCAGAAAGGCUCCGAUCUCAGGGCAGCUCUUGCACAGAGAGUUUCUGCUCUCAAUAUUUGGUUUUGAAUACCAUCGGCCAUGGUUUCCACGCGGCCGUGAAGUUGGCCGUGCACCGCCUCACAGGUACCCCCGUGGCUGUCAAAAUGCUCCUCAAGAGACAACAGUGGUGCCAGCAGGUCACAUCUGAGGUAGAAAUCAUGAUGAGGAUCAACCACCCAAAUAUUGUAUCUCUCAUACAAGUCAUUGACACUGAAAAGAUAACAUACCUCAUCAUGGAGUUGGCCAAGGGGAACCAGCUUUAUUCUCGCAUCAAAGAGGCUGGCCAUCUGCAGGAGGAUGAAGCACGGGGCAUAUUCAGACAAUUAUUAAGUGCUGUGGGAUACUGCCAUAAAGAAGGCAUUAUACACCGGGACCUUAAACCCGAUAAUAUACUAGUCGAUACCAAGGGAAGAAUUAAAAUCGUUGAUUUUGGCUCUGCCACUCAAGUGCGGCCUGGGCAAAAGUUGAGAACGCACUAUGGGACUUAUGCAUUUUCUGCUCCUGAGCUGUUCCUCGGGAAAUUUUAUGAGGGCCCCAAGGUCGACGUGUGGGCCCUAGGAGUAAUUCUUUAUUAUAUGACAGUUGGAAAACUCCCAUUUGAGGCUGUCAGGCUACCACUACUCCGAAGGCAGGUUGUGUUAGGGACUUAUGCUGAACCACUUGGCCUGUCAGAAGAGCUACAAGACCUGCUGAGUCUUUUAAUGAAAGUGAAUUCCCAGCAGAGGCCCACAAUUCCUGACCUUUUGACUCAUCCCUGGCUUAAGAUAGACUCAGAGGGGUUCCCACAACCUUGUAAGGAACUCAUCCCCCUCAGGCCAGACCCAGCCAUUCUUAGAGCAAUGCAGGACAUUGGAUUUGAAGCCCAAGAGGUUAAAGACUCCCUCGAUCAGAAGAAAUUCAACCAAAGUAUGGCUUGUUACUACUUUUUGGAAAAGCAGGCUCUUCAAGAGUGUGACAUCCCAACCCGGCCUCAUCCAUGCAUGACCCCAUUCCCGACCCUUGAUUACCCUGCUACUUCAGUGCGAGGGCUCAGAAGGCGAGGAAGCGAGCCCAGAUGGCUCGGGUCAUCCUCUGAUAGUCAAGGUUCUGACCUCGGCCAGACAGCUAGUCAUGGAUUAGUCAAGAGGGCCAGUUGGCCUGGCGGUCUUCUCUGCAGGCCACAUCAGAUAACACCCACAGUGGAGCUAACCCACAGAAUUUCUAUUAGUGACCCCUGCUUUUAUUCAGUGCACAGCAAAGGCAAGAAGACCAUCAACACUAAAAGCACAGAAGACAAAUCCAGUGCCUCAGCAGAGGUUAAGCCUGUCGCAAGCAGGCCCUGGCCCAAAAGAUUUAGGGGGUGGGUCAAGAACAUCCGAAAUGGCCUGAUGAACCUGUGUUGCUGCAUUCCGUCCAGAAAAAAACCUCCCCUGGGGCACAACAGAGUUGUUCCCCAGAAAUGAAGAACAUGGAAGGAAUCCAGAGAGCAAGCAUCCAACACUGCCCAGAAGAUCACUAGAGGAUGCCGGAUGCUGCAUCUCUGCAGUCCCAGUGUUGAAGAGGAUCCACGUGUGGACACGGACCUGCAGAAGGGAGCGCUGUGAGAGCUGUCACCUUCCAGGUCAGCUGUGGAAGGAUGAAAGCAAAUGAAGAGAUGCCAGGUGGCAAGAGAGCACCUCAAAGGCAUCACUCUUCCUGGUGGAGGUUGAAAACCAGUCCAAAGCUGGUAAAGACCAGAGCCCUUUUGCCGACCAGGGUCACAUCACACACCUCCUCUUGGCACAAGUUCUCACCUCACUCCUAAUUGAAGACAUAAGGCUUCUUGAUGGUUUGUCUGACUCUCAGAAUAAAAUAGAUGUCUGUGAAAGAUGA